UCCUCAUCUGAUUUUCAUACUUUUUUAUUUUCCACAUUACUUUCGUAUGUUUCCAUCAACGUGUCGCUAUUCUUGCAACCCGACGUGUCACCACUUUCUCUCCUCUUUCUUUCCUUCUUCUCCACUCACUAUUAAGCUUCAGAACUUCACCAGCCCAUAAACACUAUUCUUGUCAGGACCCUUUUCUUUCACACUAUCAAAUCCUCUCUCUCCUCUCUCUCUCUCUCUCUCUCUCUCUCAACUCUCUUUCUCUACAUUUACACACUCACACACACAUUUAUAUGUGUCUGCUUUCUGUAUUUGUGAUGAACUGGUGUGGAUGAGAAAGGGUGAGUGGUGAAUGCCGGGAUGGUUUUGGCGGAAAAUGCUCUGGUAUCAGCUCACCGGUGUAGAUGAUCUGAUGGCCCUGUUGCUUGAAUUGUUGUCUUUGGUAGUGGGACUGAUGGUGAGGCCUUUCUCGCUAGUUAGGCUAUCCUUUCAAAUCGGUGUGCAAAGCAUUUGUUUUGUGGUCCAGACCUGGAUAGAAAUGCUGAGAACUGUUGUCUAUCUUCAUUUGGUUAUAUUCUGGAGACUAACCAUCUUGGCAAUGGCUUUGUUAUCCCUCCCCGUACGAGCUUUUGCUGCAUUGUAUCGAGAAAGAAUGCUGGAGAUGCAAAUCCGUAGAAUGAAAACCGAACUGGAAAAUGCCUUCUGGGAUAGGAAGGAACUGAAGGAACGACUCCAAAUAGCCAUCCGAGAAUGUAAAAUGAUGGAGGUGAUGCUGAAGGAACUUGAAGGUGAACACGAUGAGGCCAUUGUUAAAAUUGAGCUGUUACUUGAGGAGGUUCAGGAUUUGAAGGAUGAAAUCCGAAGGUUAAAGGAGAUCCAGGGAAAAGCAUUCUGGGAAAAAAGAGGCCAAGCAGACACGGGAAACGGCUCUAGCAUUAAAAACAGCGAUCAUUUUAGGACAUCGUUAUGUAGAUCUGGCCAUCAUGACAAAGGGACAGAGGAUGCAACGCAUGAUCUCUUAAAACCAGGAUCAGAACCUCAUCGCCCUAGUCGACCUAACACUGAUUUUAUAAACUCAAACAAUUUAGUAAAACAUGAUAUUCUGUCCAAACAGAGGGAGGUUGCUUUGUCUCGAAGCCUUUUCAGUGCAGUGUUGUCACUCAUAGUGGGGAUUAUCGUGUGGGAAGCUGAAGAUCCAUGCAUUCCUCUCGUGGUGGCUCUCUUUACCGUUGUCAGCAUGUCGUUGAUAAGCGUGGUCCGGUUCUUCUCAACCAUCAAACACAAACCUGCAUCUGAUGCCGUUGCUCUCUUGAGCUUCAACUGGUUUAUACUUGGUACGUUAGCGUAUCCAACGUUGCCAAGAGUUGCUCGUUUGCUGGCUCCCUUCGUUUCGAGUAUGCUCGAGCGAACAUUCAAGGGAUGGUUGUUUAGCUCUAGUUCUAUGUGAUAUUUUUGGUUUUUGCAAGGUUUGAUUUCUGCAGAUGUAGGGUUAGUAUACUCUUUUUGGGACAUGUAUUGUACAUAAUGUGGAUCAUGUUGUUCUUGGCUAUUUACCUUCAAUUUUAGUGGUC